CCAACUCCAGUGAGGUUGUAAACACAAGUCAUUGCGGCCAUUGUGGGAGAGCUCAGUAUUAUAUUAUGAGGGCCUGUUACUUUCCUCUGGCGGUGUUUGCCAAUGUCCUGUGUCUGUGUCAAAGCUACACCCUGAGGAGCUCGGUGUCCUGGGUCGUCUCCUCCAGCGAUGUGGUGGAGGACGCGGACCUGUCGGAGGAGGUCGCCCCGGCGUUGCUGGUGGACGGCGCCGGGCUGUGGAAGCAGUCGUAUCCGUCCACUAACGUCCUCGGAGACGCCGCGGACAGCCCCGGAGAGCUGGAGAAACCGGAGAACGAGAACGCGGCGCAGCUCUCCUCCCGGUUGUUUUCGUAUCGGUUGGAGAAGGUGAAGAAGUCCGGCAGCGGCGGCAGUCCUCCCCCGCACCAGGAGACCGCCAGGACGGCCAGAUACAUAGCGCAUUACAGUGACUGGGGACAUGUGUCCACCAUUUCAACCCAGGACAAGAUCAAAGGUCUCCCCUUUGGCAACAUCUUCUCCGUCAGUGAUGGACCGCUGGACAACAGCACUGGAGUCAUCUAUUUCUAUGUGACUGCAAUGGACUACACCGUAAUCGACCUGGAAAGUAGCCCCUAUGCUUCGCUCACAUUCUCAGAGGCUGAGGGAGAAUUCUGCAGGCAAAUGGUGUACGACCCGGAAGAUCCAAGAUGUGCUCGACUCACACUAACAGGCAAGAUGGUGGAGGUGGUCCCAGAGGAGCUCGGGUUUGCAAAAGAGGCAAUGUUUUCAAGACACCCUGUGAUGGCAAAGUGGCCGGUGGGGCACAAGUGGUUCUUCAUGAAGCUGGAGUUGAUCCAGGUCUGGCUGCAGGACUGGAUCGGAGGCAUAUCGCUGAUCCCGCUGGAGGAGUACUUCAAAGCAACGCCUUUUUAAGAACACACCCUUCCCUCUGCAUCAUGCCAGCCUAUACAGAUCAGUUCAGCUGUAAAACGGGCAAGAAUUCCCAAAGCAGCAAUUUUUAAAGAAUAUUUGCCAAAUAAUGUUGCUAUUUUAAUUUGUGAAAGUGAGUAUUCUUCACUGUUGCCCCAUACAAUCACACAAAAUCAGUUCAUCAGUUUCCUGUGUUUGGUUUGUGAAUGCAUUAUUAUACUCGACAAGCGAGUUCAAAUCGAAUGAUCGCAGUCAUCACAGCUGUCUUAGAGAAUUCUACGUCAUUUAAUAUAUUCUUUAUGGACAUUGAUUACUGAUUUAUGGGUUCACGUUAAAAUAUGUGUGCCAAUUGAAAAACCAAUGAAUGUUAGCACACACAAUUAUCGUGCAUACUUUUUAAGUUAACAUAAAUUUGUUGUGUUGAGUUAGCGUUUAAACCUUGAAAGAGAAUUUGUAAUGUUAACACUUCUGAGCUCUGUUUUUUCAUUUUGGGACUGAAAUGUGAACGAGUGUUUGGAGUUCAACGUUACGUGUAGUUAUUUUAUUUUAAAUCUAGUGCCUGGAAAUAACUGGGACAACUAUGAGUUUGCAUCAGUUACUAUAAGCUAGAUUGAACUGUUGUCGAGACGGUCUCAUCUCAAGGUCUGUUUAUUCGCUUUCAAUAAAUAAAUAUAA